AUGCCAACAGGUCAUGAGUUUUCACAAAAAGUGAAACAACUAAUGUUUCAUGUGAUUGAUUUCGUUGAAAGUGAGAAGAAUGGCUCAAUCAUUCCUCUUUAUAACGUGAAAGAUCGUCUUGUUAAAAUGUUAAAUAUAUCGGAAAGAUCGGUGUACAGAUUAACGCAUGAAUUACACCAUUCAAGAUAUAAAGAAAUAAACAAAAUAUCACAAGAACGAAAAGAGAUGGAAGAGAAAAGCAAAGAAGAGACAAGUGUAAAAAGUCUUCGUAGUCGUACUAUUGUAUAUUCAACACUCAAACGACAGCAAUAUUCAACAUCGAAUACACCAGCUAAAAUCCUUUGUCGUCGACAUACUGCAUCUUCUGCCUAUCCAUCAACAAAUCAUAUCGAUCAUCUUGUUCCUCAAGCAUUAUUUCCUGAGAAAAAAAUGCAUUCUGGACGGCCGAAUAUUGUUUUAUCAGAGCAAGGAAAAGACUUAAUUCGACUUGAAUUUCAUAAACUUGUUCAAGAAAAAGUGUAUCCAACUUCGGAAAAACUGCUGAAAAGAUUGACAGAGCAAUAUGAAGAUUUUCCGAUUCAUUCGACAAGUACGUUAUGUAAAAAAAUGAAAAACCUUGGUUUUGUAUAUCAACGAACAUCAAAGAUAAAAAUUGCACUGGAUUCACAAGCCUUUGUUGCGGCAAGAGCGAAAUAUUUCCAGAUUCUUGAUGAGUUCAGAGAAGAUAACGUUCACUUAUACUAUCAUGAUGAAACUUGGAUAAAUCUUCGAGAAGUGAAACGAUCUAUUUGGACACUGAAUGGCGAAGGGGAAAUCAAAAAAGAUGGAGGAAAAGGGUCUCGUCUGGCAGUAUCAGCAAUUAUAGACGUGAAUGGUUAUCAUAUUCCAUCAGUCGAUAUUUGGACAUAUACCGAGGAUCACAAUAUGGAUUCAUCUCAUUUUCUCAUGUGGUUAGAUUCAACUUGCGCAACGUUAAGAGAAGAGACUGGAGAAAAAAAACGAAUUGCUAUUUGUCUAGACAACGCGACGUGGCACAACAAACUCACAGAAGAAUCAAUUAUUCCGAAACGGGCUUCAACAAAGGCAGAGAUUCAACAAUGGUUGAAAGAUAGAAAAAUUCAUUUUCCGGAAAAAUUCAUUAAAGCUCAAUUGUUAGAACUAGUGGGUGCUAAUUGUCCACCGAAAGAAUAUAUUAGUGAUCAAAUUGGAAAGAAAUAUGAUAUAGAAAUAUUUCGUCUUCCAAAACUACACUGUAGUCUCAAUCCUAUUGAACUGUCAUGGAAUAAUCUCAAGCAAUUCGUUCGUGAUCAAAACACAACGUUUCGUCAGCAUGAUGUAAAACAACUGAUUGAGCAGUUUAUGGUAGCGAUGGACGAUAAACGUGCAACUUCGUAUUUUCAUCAUGUUCAUGGAAUUGAAGAAAUGUACAAAACUGCGGAUGCAAUUAUGGAGGAAGAUAUUGAACCACAGUUGCGAUCUGAUAGUGAAGAAACAGAUUCAGAUGAUGAGUAG